UAAUCAGUAAACUCUACGUCAUAUCCUUUCCUUCCAAGAUGUCGCGGCGAGACGGUGCGAUUUAUGUGGGUAGAUUAUCAAAAAGCACUAGAACCAGAGACUUAGAAGAAAUCUUUGAGCCCUAUGGAAGACUGUUACGUUGUGACAUUAAAUAUGGAACUGAAAUGGCAUAUGCCUUUAUUGACUUUGAAGACAGACGUGAUGCUGAGGAUUGUGUGAAAUAUGAGCAUGGCAGAGAACUCAAUGGACAGAGCAUUAUUGUUGAGUGGGCCAAAGGUGGUAAAGAUAGGAGAAUGAAAAGGAAUGAUAACAACUCUUCACAAAGCUACGAUGAGUGUUUUCGGUGUCGACGAACUGGUCACUGGGCACGAGACUGUCCUGAACUUCGAUGGGGAGGACGUGGAGGUGGUAGAGGCGGCGGUGGUGGGGGAGGUGGAAGAUGGAGGUCACCAUCACCAAGGCGGAGGUACAGUAACAGAUCUAGGUCAAGAUCCCGUGACAGGAAACGCAAAAGCCGUAGCAGGUCCCGUGAUCGUCGCAGACGUAGCAGAUCUAAUGACAAGAGAAGUAGAAGUCGAUCUGGUGAUAGAAAGAGUAGAUCUCUCAGUGGUUCACAGAAAUCUAGAAGUGCUUCUCCUGGAAGAAAAGACUCCAAAAGUACAUCUAGAGAUAGGAAGAAAAGUGGAUCUAGAAGCAAAUCCAGAUCUCGUUCUAGGACGCCACAGUCAAAAUCAGGAUCAAAGUCUAAAAGUAGGUCAAAAAGCCCCAGACAACCAUCUGAAAAUCACACAGAGCAACAGUCCAAUGGGGCAGAUGUUGUCGCAAAUGUGGAUGAAGAAGCCAGAGAUGGAGGCGAUGAAGGAAGAGCAUCUCGGUCAAGGAGUGGCAGCAAGGAUUAAUGUUGUAUUUUGUCGUUUUUCUAAUGUAAUGCUGUUAUUGUGUUCUUAAAAUAAAUUCCAUGUAUGUGAAUUUGUUUUUUUAAUUUGCUAUUAGUUUCUAGUAAAUGUUCUGUUUAUCUGCAUGUUCUUGUUUUACUCUGUGAUCAGAAGUUUUUUUAAUAUCUUAUGGCAGAUAUUUUAACAAUAAAUUAUUGGUGCUGCCAUUCAUAAUUUAUGCUUAUGAUUAGGGAAGACUUCUGAUAUACUUUAUUGUUCAUAUGCAUAUAUUUUUUUUUACUUUGAUAAUUAUUGAAACCAGCCUCUUGAGAAUAAUAUUAAUAAAUCUUUCUAAGUAUCUUGUCUAUUUCUUAAAAUUGAUUUCUAUGCAUUUAAUUGAAAUAUACAUUUUGCAUAGGCAUUAGAACUUUUUUUUGUAUAGUUCUAAAAAAUAGUGUGUGUCUGGAUUGAGCAUGAAUGUGAACACCAGAAAGUGGAGCAUCCUUCCUGAAAUGUCCUAUGACCAAUAUUUAAUAUAUAGGGCCAUAUGUUUAUUUGGCCCAUAAGGCAAGUUGAUUGUCAAUUCUCACUAAUAUUGGGAAGUUCUGGCUUAGGUAACUAGUGGAGAUUCAACAAGCUUUCUGUGGUUAAGUUCUCUGGCAACUGCUGAAAUGAGGGAAUUGUUAAGUUUAGGAAACCUUGUUUCAUUUUGAGGCCAUUAAAGAUGUUUUUAUUGUA